CCGGUGUGACGGUGGGAGACGCACGACGAUCAAACAAGUCAAUCAUCCUCCGCCGCCGCCAUUCCCCUCAGGACGCCUGCGACGCUGUUGACAUAUUUAUUCCUUUCUCUUUCGGGUUGAACCUCGCUCCUUUUGGCGACAGUAGCGGUCACCUAUCUGUACUCUACUAGUCUGUGCCUCCGCUCCUGAUCACCGCGCAAUUCCUAGUGGCCGUCAACCUUGAAGCCUACCCUCACCAACUGUACCUCUAGGCCUGGCUCCCUACCAUCCUUCCAACUCGCGUAACAGCAACUCUUUCACGAUCCUUUGCCUCCCGACCCUCUCGCACUUGUCCCAGGACCUCUCCGCCCCUCCGUCAUUCACCCGCGCCCAUUCAGCAAUGGUCCGGAGCAUAUGACACAAUAGCACGAAUUGCGCCUCCCAGAUUCUCUCGCGGACGCUGGGCAUACAGUGUCGAGGAUGACUCGCCGUCAUGGCAGGAAAUCUGGAGCAAGGAACAGAUGCGGGCUCUAUACAACCUGUGUCUUCUCUACGGUCACACUUCGAAGGGCUCAAGGCCAGCCAAAGUCAACAGGAUGAACGGGGAAGCAUUCCUGUGUCUCCACAUACCUUGAAGCCCACCAGCGGACAGUCUCCCGUCCCGACUCUGCGAGCCUCCCUGGAUUUACCUAGACCAAUAUCACCAUGGACAGGAGGAGGAAGCCUGAGCUAUGGCGGGCCACCAACACCCAUUCAGAUGACUGAUUCUCCGCCCAAACCAGGCCACAAAAGACCCAUGUCGAUGCUUGUUCAGUCUUCUCCUCAACUUACGCCGUCGGUCAAAGUGGACUCCCCGAGGUCCCCUCCGCGAACAUACUUCGAGCGGAGUGCUUCCAGGUCGCCCGAGCAGGUCGACAACACACCAUUUGCGAAAGUGCGCGAACUUAUCUCUCAGCAUUCUAGCGCAUCCUCGACCCGUCCACCCACUCCGCGGGCAGUAAGCGGAGAUCGUUCGAGCACCUUGCGGCUUGUAAGAAAUGAUAGUGUGCCCGGGGAAGGUCCAGGCUCCAAGUCACCAGCCCGUCCUCCGCCCGUCAACCGAGCAGAGAAACCAAAGAUACCUUCGAAACCGAGCGCGAUUUCUAUGCCGGCUGGUCUCGGGCUAAAUCCGAACGCUCGCAGGCCUUCAGUUGAAUCUCGAGUCUCUCCAUUCAGUACACCCCCUAGCAGCGAGGAGAAUUCACCAUCACAGAGCCCCAAGAUAAAACGCAACAGCCAAACUGCCGAGUCACUGCCUACACCUAACCGAGUAAUAGCGUCUCCCGCUCCGUUCGCGCCCACAGAGGAAGGAUAUGUCCGGCAAAACGAUGCUCGGUUCAUGGGCUUUUCAGCUCGGCCGCCCGCAGCAGAGAGAAGAGACUCAAGGACGCUAGGUUUCCCAACACCGGAUCCGCGACCGCCAAGUCGAGGUUCGACCUUACCCACGAGGGCCAGUACGGUCUCAGAGAAGCCGUCUAGAGAUCCUCGUGAUUUUGGUCUCUCAACGGGCACCCCAACUCCACGUCACGUCUCUGAGACGAUUCGGUCUACUCCUUCGACCCCACCUGUACAGCCUCCUCGCCCUAUUCCCAUCCGCGACGCCCGCACAUUGGGCUUCUCCGCUCAGCACGCCCCUGAUAAUGAUUCAAGCGGUGAUGAGGUGCGACCUGGAUUGCCGCCUAGACGGAACAUGCAACCUCCGCCCCGCCCCUCUAACGAAUCCAAGAACAACACCAUAAGAACUGGUGCUCCAACUUCCCAUCCGCCGGUGCCAGAUCGAUCUCAGAAAGUCACUCCUAACCCCUCGGUGUCCCGCGCGCCUACAUUACCAAUAGAGACACGGUUUCCUCCGCCACCAAAGCGAGCCAGUAUUGAUGAAACUGAGAACGCAUUGGCGACAAGGGUUCCUAGAGCCCAAACCUUCGCAGGAGACGCCCAAAAUCGUCCUCCGGUUAGGGUGACCGCGCCCGACUCUGAUGAUGCAGAAGAAGUGGCGGAAGAACCCAAAGUUGCGAAAUCGGAAUAUCCCGAUUCCACGCAUACGAACCGGCGACCACCGCGCUCAAAAGCUGGUAUAUGGGAGAUCAGUACCAAAUCCGAUUCGCGAACUAUGGAAGUAUGUGGCCGAUACCUGUGCACAGCCGGAUACACCACUCGCGUGUUUGACAUGUCCUCGGGUGAACAAAUCAUGAGCAUUAACCAUGGUGAAACGGUCAAAGUCUCAGCAGCAGUGUUCAAGCCUGCCGUGGACCUCGCCAAUGAAGGCUUCCGGUUGUGGCUUGGUACGAACACAGGUGAUUUGAUGGAAGUAGACGUGGUCUCUCACACCAUCAUGACUACAAACACCUCCCACAACCGGCGGGAGAUUGUUCGCAUACUGCGGAAUCGGAGGGACUUGUGGACGCUUGAUGAUGAUGGCAAGCUUUUCGUCUGGGAAGCUGACGAAACCGGCGUGCCGAACUUGAAAUAUAGCCACGGCUCUCACAAAGUGCAAAAGGGACAUUCAUGCUCUUUGGCAAUUAAUGGGCAGCUCUGGCUGGCUUGUGGCAAGGAAAUCCGCGUUUAUAACCCCGGCAAUGACAACUCGUUCAAUGUCCUUAGCAAGCCACUGUCCCAGCCCGGUAAUCUAGACAUCACCUGCGGCACCUUCUCCAGUGAGCAGGGAGGAAGGGCGUACUUUGGGCAUAUUGACGGAAGAGUCAGCAUUUAUUCUACCAAGGACUAUUCGGCCAUCGCCAAUGUCAAAGCGAGUGAUUACAAGAUCAACAGCUUGUCAUUUGUGGGAGACAAACUGUGGGCCGCGUACAAGACAGGCAUGGUGUAUGUCUACGACACUUCGACCUCGCCAUGGAAGGUCAAGAAAGAUUGGAGAGCCCAUAACGGGCCGGCCACGGAUAUUAUCCUCGACCCCAGCAGUGUCUGGGCGUUGCAACGGUUGCAAGUCGCUACAAUCGGCCACGACAAUGUGGUAAGGUUAUGGGACGCGGCGCUGGAGGAUGACUGGAUCGAGGCGGAGAUGCAAGAACGAGAUGUCGAAUACUGCACAUUCCGAGAAGUGCGUGCGGCAGUUGUUACAUGGAACGUUGGAGCCUCGACGCCCUACGAUCUACGGAGCGAUUUCAUCGCCGAAGCGAUUCACGCGCGAGAUCCACCCGAGAUCCUUGUCUUUGGAUUUCAAGAAGUCGUCGACCUGGAAGACCGGGCGGUGACAGCGAAAAGCAUUUUGGGAUUCGGCAAGAAGAAGGACACGGUCAAGACGGAACAACAUCAGAGCCGAGUGUACCGCGAAUGGCGUGACUAUCUCAGCAAGAUGAUCAGCCGGUACACCAGCGACCGAUACGCAUAUUCGGAACUGCAAACGUCCAGCUUGAUCGGUUUGUUCCAAUGUGUUUUCAUUCGCCAGGAGGAGCGACCGCGAGUGCGCAACCUGCAAGCCGCGAGCAUCAAAUUGGGGCUGAAGGGCCAUUACGGUAACAAAGGAGCCCUUGUGACGCGGUUUUUUCUCGACGACAGCUCAAUCUGUUUCAUCAACUGCCAUCUAGCAGCGGGCCAAACCCAAACAUCGCACCGCAACAACGACGUGGCGAGUAUCUUGGAAGCCGAGGCUCUUGACCCCGAGCCGGACCCAGACAUCCGCAGUUCAUUGUACAUUGGCGGCGGGGACGGGACGCAGAUUCUCGACCACGAAAUCUGCAUUUUGAACGGCGACCUGAACUAUCGCAUCGACACCAUCCCCCGCGACACCGUCAUCAACAUGGUCAAACGCGGCGAAUUGUCCAAACUGCUCGAGCGGGACCAGAUGAUGGUUUCGCGCCGACGCGUGUCCGGGUUUCGUCUGUCUGCAUUCACCGAACUCCCCAUCACAUUCGCCCCGACGUACAAAUAUGAUGUUGGCAGCGACGAGUACGAUUCGUCCGAGAAGAAACGUGCCCCUGCAUGGUGCGACCGCCUGUUGUACCGCGGACCCGGCCGCGUCAAACAGAUCGAGUAUCGGCGCCACGAUGGCGUGCGGACCAGCGACCAUCGGCCUGUGAGCGGAUUGUUUAAACUUCGCGUCAAAACUAUUGAUCCGGUCAAGCGUCAGCGGGUCAAGGAGGACUGUUUUGCCAAGUUUGAAUCUGUCAAGCGUCGCAUGGCUGAGAAGGCGAGCGUCGAGUAUCUCGUUUCUGUGCUGGGGGUGUCGGAACAGGAGGCCAAACGGCUGCUUGGGGCGAAAUGAUGAAGAUGGCUGCGUGGUGAUGAUGGGUUGAUGAUGAUGAACACCAUGACUGCGAUGUUAAAUUCGCUUAAGAUAGGCUUGAAAUGCAGCACUGGCAGUAGAAACUUGAACCGGCGCGUUGAAUUGCAAAUCAAUGCAGCUGCUUUACUAGCUGUAGUACCUCAGGGAUAGUCGCUCAGAUGAAGUCCCUACAUGUAGAAUCAAGAAAUACACUAUGUGCGUACAGUACCA